CUGCUCCAUCCGCACGUGUGUUGUUUGAGUUGGAUUCUAACACGAGAUCCUGCGCGAGGUUUUGUGUCGUAGUACAACAUGUCGGCGUUCAAGAGAAAACGUGGAAGACAGGCACUUGCUGGUAAAAAGGCAAAGAAAGCGAAAUUCGUAGCAGAUGGAGGCGAAGCACCGACAGGAGCCGAACAGGAGAAGAAGAAUGAAGUCACCAUUCCAGCACCAGUUUCGUCGGGUAAAUGGACAAACAAGGAAAGGGUUCUCAUUUUCUCCUCCAGAGGCAUCAACUUCAGAACAAGACACUUGAUGCAAGACCUGAGGACCCUGAUGCCUCAUUCAAAAGCAGAUACAAAAAUGGACAGAAAGGACAAGCUGUUUAUUGUUAAUGAGGUUUGUGAAAUCAAAAACUGCAACAAAUGCCUCUUUUUUGAAGCCAAGAAAAAGCAGGACCUCUAUAUGUGGAUUUCAAACAGCCCUCAUGGACCUUCUGCAAAGUUUCUGGUUCAAAAUAUUCACACACUGGCUGAACUCAAGAUGACAGGAAACUGCCUCAAAGGAUCCAGACCGCUGCUCUCUUUUGAUCCUAAAUUUGACAAGGAGCCUCACUUUGCUUUACUGAAAGAACUCUUCACCCAGACAUUUUCCACCCCGCGCUACCACCCGAAGAGUCAGCCUUUUGUGGACCACGUCUUCACAUUCACCAUCGCAGACAACAGGAUAUGGUUUAGAAACUACCAGAUCAUGGAGGAGGAUGCCGCUCUAGUGGAGGUCGGCCCUCGCUUCGUUCUCAACCUCAUCAAGAUCUUUCAGGGGAGCUUUGGAGGGCCUACGCUCUUCGAGAACCCGGACUUCCAGUCUCCUAACAUGCAACGGAGAGAGAUCCGACUGUCUGCAGCAGCCAGAAUGCGUGAGAAGCAGAUGGUGAAGGAGAUGCAGAAAGCAAAGAGGGAUGAAGCGAAGGAGGAAGUGGGCAAAGACGUCACAGCCGACGUCUUCCUUACAAUAGCUGAUGAGAAUCCUGUUCAGAUCCAGACAGACGCACCCGAACCAAAAGAAGUGAAGAAGAACAAACAUAAGGCUUUCAAAAGACAAAGGAUGGCACGCAAACUCUAACUGGAUGGACUCAAUUAUGCUGAGUGAGCGGCUUACUGCUGCCCUGAUUUAAUAUUGUCUAAAGCAAAUGUGGCAAUGCAACAGUGCAGUUGGGUCUCAAGUCCAAUGUUGUGAGCUUUGUUAGGUUGAAAAUAGACUUGAAACUGUGCAACACGUUAUUUAAUUCUCACUUUUGAAAGGAUUUGAGAACAUUUUAAAUAUGCACGUGUUGUUCAACAUCUGUUGCCAUAGUUUGUGGAAUCACACAAUAUAUGUUUAUCUCCCUCCUUCCGGAGGACUGUACCGCUUGUAGCUGGCCUUAAAGGUCUCAGCUUUCAGAAUACUGCAAACAAUAUUUGCCAAUUGUUUUUGAUAAACUGAAAUAUUCCAUCAAUGUAAAAAAAACAACAACUUGUUUAAUGAUUUUGAGUGACCACUGUUUUUUCAAUGUCAUGAAAAUAAAACAAUUUAAACUUU